AUGUCCAAUCUCUUUUUAGCUAAAAGUAAGAUAUUAGGUAUUUGGGAGGCUACACCGGGGGUCUGGGUCAAUGAGCUCCACGGCGGACCUGGAAGCAAUGACCUGACCGAGGAGGUCAAAAACGAUAUUCAUACUACCUGCAGCCUGGCAGCCGGCAAAGUCAUCAGACCUUCUGAGCCUUUCUGGCUUUGUACCAACUGGAAGAGAAACAUGGUCCCCAACCCGCACUGCUACUCUAGUUGCAAUGAUGAUUUGUGCGGUGCACUUGAUGAGAAAUAUCGGUGGACUUAUCUCCUUAGUUACAAUCCAACUGUGCGGAGCCUCCCGAGGGUGGAUAUAACCAUAUCGACUGGGCUAUUGAAGCCCGCGACGGCCAAGUAA